UACACAGAAUCCAUUUAAAUUCAAACCAACUCCGUUUAAUCCAGUCAAAAUCGGAACCAGUGGCAUUUUAAUUUUAGCUAUAAACCAUAGAGUCAAAUUCAGUUCAUUAUUUAAAAUUCAGAACCACUGAGUCAGCUGGUGUGAAAAGAAAUGAAAAUGUGCUGCAAUGGCUCAGUUUUAUCCGGUCUCCAUGACAGAAACGUCACUAGAAGAGGACGGGUCACAGAUAACGUUUUCUUUGGAAAGGAAGAGAAAGUAAAAUUAUUGGCAGCAUUUGCUUUAUCUGUGACUUUGUGGGAAAGAGACCCAUCAUCACACAAAACCAGAACCACCAGUUAUAGUUAUGGGAAUGAAGCACAUGCUACACAAAGCCAUUGGGAGCAAUAUCUUUGUUAAUGAAUUAUUCCAUUAGAGAGAAAAACAUACGUGAUGGACCAGGACUCUGACUUUUGUGUAAGAGUGAAAAUCAAAGAUUUUGGCAAUGAUCAAGAGGCAACUGAAAACAAACACUGAGCCACAACAACUUAAGUCAAUGGCAGCAAUCACUGGACUGUAUCUUACAUAAUUAACGCCAGCAAAUGCAGAUAAUGAUCAUUAUUCAGAUUCUUUUUCAGAAACAGAAAGUAAAACAUGCAAAGAAACUGGAGAGACUUUGGAAAAUAGAGAGAAAACCAUCAGCAUUCCAAAACACAAAAAUAAAAAUAUAUACACGGAUUAAAUAGCACUAUAUGCACCCAUAUUUCUUUUACUAACCUUCGUUAUUAAUUAAUGUUAAUUAAAUUACUUUAUGUUUUCUGAAUCAGUUUCUGGAUAUUGACUACACAUAAUAGAUUACUGCCUAAUCACACACAUAUAAAAGAAAAAAAAAAAUCUCCAUUUAGUGAAUCUGGUCUGUGCUUUCUGGCUGCCCUUUUACAUUUGUUAGAUCCAAAGUUUACUUAUUAGGAAACUGGAGCACCACUGAAAUCAUUUCAUCAUGUUACAAGUGGAUGAAAUAAGCUAACCGUGAUCACUUUCUUGAGUUUUGUUGUUUUGUUUUUUUUACAGUGUGGGAUUCAGUUUAAGAGGAUUACAGCAAAUAAAUGUUACAGGAUCAAUUCAACAAACUUGCAAUGUGGCUGGGAAAAACUUUCCAGAGAUUUGUUGGUCUUUCUGAUGUGCUGUGUUUAGAUUAGUCAGAAUCUAAACAGUGAUGUCAUUGUGAAAAAUGAGCUGGAGUGGGUGGGAAAAGCAUUUUUACAACAAGGGAAGUGUGAGUUUAUCCUGCUGUCAGCCUGAUUUCUUCUGAUAUCUGUACAAGUAAACACUAGCAAAGAGUCUGCUGAGGGGGUUGAUGUAUUAAGACAUGCUGUUAUCCUUCUGAACCGCUGCUUAACAUUAUUACAAAGCGGUUUUGCUGCAGUAAAGUACAAAAGAAGAGACUAAACCUCAUCUCCCUGCAUCUCUGGGAUCUGUUAGAUGAAGUUUACUGGAACAAGUUUCAGCUGUGAUCUCAUCAUUCCAUAACGAGACAGCCAACAGGAGGAGCCUGCUCACUUAUGCACUGAGAGCAGAUUCAGUGUUCACUGGGAAAUCAUUGCCAGAUUGUCUGUAUAUAUGUAAGCGUGUGCUGGAGGCGGCCUGGGAUCAGCUGACAGCAAGAGAAGAACAUUUACAGCCGGGUAUCCACUGCUGCACGGCCACCAUGUCUCAACCUGCACAGGAAGAUGAACAGACGCAGCGUCCCGUAGUGAGAGAAGAGGACCUGACCGAAGCAAAGACCAAACUUGGUGGUGGAGGGGCGGUGAAGAGCAAGACCUUUGAAGUGAUGGAGGAGUGCGAGAAAAUGGGUAAAGCGGCUCCCUCUGUGUUCAGCGGAGCGAGAUCUGGAGGAGAGACGGCUUUCAACACUCGCUCCACUCGACAGGCCAGGAAGUAGAAGAAAAACUUCCCCUCCAUGGAUGAGCGGCACCUCUUCCAAGUUACUGAUGUAAUUUAACCUGUUAGUUAUUGUCAACAGCAUUUUUUUUUUGUCGCUUCAUAUCAUGCAACUACCACCAGCUGAGAUGUUUAAUAAACUUCUUAGUCGGCUAAAAGCAAUAAAUGGUUUGAUAUAAUUUUGAUGCAACUUUAUUUCACUUUUUCUGUUUAUGGUAGGUUCUUAUAGUCAGUUCUGUUUCUUAGUCUUUAUACGCUACUGCAACAGAGGAUGGAUCCAUUGUCAUUUUUUUGCACAUCUUUACCAGAAGUGCCAAUAAAAGGAAGCGCU